CCCGGAAGGGCGGACACCUGGUCUCCUUUUGCCACUUUUCCCUUUAUUGCCCAAGGGGUGUCAAGCUUAUAUUUUUGCUGCUAUCCAUUUGUAAUACACUCAGAGCAGAAUUUGGACUAAUUUUUUGACUACGGAUACUUUGUAAACAUGAUGCAUUUCAAAAGUGGACUUGAAUUAACAGAGUUGCAGAAUAUGACAGUGCCAGAGGAUGAUAACGUUAGCAACGAUUCCAACGAUUUCACUGAAGUAGAAAAUGGUCAAAUAAAUAGCAAAUUUAUUUCUGAUCGCGAGAGUAGAAGAAGUCUCACUAACAGCCAUUUGGAAAAAAAGAAAUGUGAUGAAUAUAUUCCAGGAACAACCUCCUUAGGCAUGUCUGUUUUUAACCUAAGCAACGCCAUUAUGGGCAGUGGGAUUUUGGGACUGGCCUUUGCCCUGGCAAACACCGGAAUCCUACUUUUUCUGAUACUUUUGACUUCUGUGACACUGCUAUCUAUAUAUUCAAUAAACCUUCUUUUGAUCUGUUCAAAGGAAACAGGCUGCAUGGUUUAUGAAAAGCUGGGAGAACAGGUCUUUGGCACCACAGGGAAGCUCGUAAUCUUUGGAGCCACCUCUCUACAGAACACUGGAGCAAUGCUGAGCUACCUCUUCAUAGUAAAAAAUGAACUACCCUCCGCCAUAAAGUUUCUCAUGGGAAAGGAAGAGGCAUUUUCAGCCUGGUAUGUGGAUGGCCGAGUUCUGGUGGUGGUAGUUACUUUUGGCAUAAUCCUCCCUCUGUGUCUCUUGAAGAACUUAGGGUAUCUUGGCUAUACUAGCGGAUUUUCUUUGAGCUGUAUGGUUUUUUUCCUAAUAGUGGUUAUCUACAAAAAAUUUCAAAUUCCCUGCAUUGUUCUGGAGCUAAAUUCAACAAUAAGUGCUAAUUUAACAAACCCUGACAUGUGUACACCAAAAUAUGUUACCUUCAAUUCAAAGACCGUGUACGCUUUACCAACCAUUGCGUUUGCUUUUGUCUGCCACCCGUCAGUCCUGCCAAUUUACAGUGAGCUUAAAGAUCGAUCACAGAAAAAGAUGCAGAUGGUUUCCAAUAUCUCCUUUUUCGCCAUGUUUGUUAUGUACUUCUUGACUGCCAUUUUUGGCUACUUGACAUUCUAUGAAAAGGUGCAGUCAGACCUCCUUCACAAGUACCAGAGUAAAGAUGACAUUCUCAUCCUGACAGUGCGGCUGGCUGUGAUUGUUGCUGUCAUCCUCACCGUGCCAGUGUUAUUCUUCACGGUUCGUUCAUCUUUAUUUGAACUGGCUAAGAAAACAAAGUUUAAUUUGUGUCGUCAUAUCUUGGUUACCUUCAUACUCUUGGUUAUUAUCAACUUGUUGGUGAUCUUCAUACCCUCCAUGAAGGACAUUUUUGGGGUCGUAGGAGUCACAUCUGCUAAUAUGCUUAUUUUCAUUCUUCCUUCAUCUCUUUAUUUAAAAAUCACAAGCCAGGAUGGAGAUAAAGGAACUCAAAGAAUUUGGGCCGCCCUUUUCUUGGUCCUGGGGGUGUUGUUCUCCCUGGUCAGCAUUCCCUUGGUCAUCUACGACUGGGCCUGCUCAUCAAGUAGUGACAAAGGCCACUGAGACCAGCUGAGGACAGGAAACGUUCCGGCCCGCGGCUCGGUCACAUCACCACACAUCAGCAAUCUCUCAUCACUUCUUUCGCAAGUUUACAGAAGCAAAACAGAAAUUCACAAGAUACUUAAAAUGGAAUAACACUUCGGUAGCAAAACAGAAACCUGUUUCUAUAAUGGUUCCUGUCCCUCUAAGAGUUGGGAUCAAUUUAAGGAUUGUGGAUUUUUUUUUUUUUUAAGCUUCAUGCAAUUGUAUUUCUCAGUACUCUUCACAGUCAGUUAUUUUUCACUCUCCUAACUCUAUUUUUUGUGACUUCAUGGUCCCUUAGAACUUUGAAAACAUAAUUAUCGAUCAUGUUUAUUUAUUAUGCAUCCAAGUUUCCAAAAUAAUUUUCCUGCCAAUGUUCUGCUCAUGCCAUUGGUACCUUUUUAGAAGAGAAAAGAAUCUCGAAUUGUAUAUAGUUAUUUUGCUUUACAGAAAAAGAAAAUGGUUUCAUAAAUAUUUUGCCUACUUUGGUUAACAUAGCACACAGGGAUAAUCAUGAGAGAAUGACGGGGUGUGUGCCCUCGCAGGAUCAGAGUCUACCCAACAUUCGAGGUGGCCCUCGUCAGCCUGGCCGCCAGGCUCUGGUGGCCCAAUGGCCUUCACUGGUACUACAUCCUGCUUCAGGCAGAGACCGUCUCCAAUGAGUGUUCUUUGCUGGGAAGGGGGUGAGAAUGAUUUCUUACCUUGGUAAACAUCUUAAACUACACAUUUGGGUUAUCUAGCAAAUGAAGUUUUGUUUCCCUCUUGGCCAGUUGUGUCAAAGUUACUCUAAUCUGAGUCACCUUCCACUGAGGGAGACCCAUGACACCUUUGUAAUAAAUUGAGAAGCACGGGUAUUGCAAAAAGAGCAUACAAAAUGCCUAAGAAAAUAUUCCUGUGAUGCAAAAACCCUACAUCUGUGUUGUCAGAGGGAGAAAAAACACUUUCUUAAAUUAUAAACCCAGCAGCUUUUAUUCAUGUCCACCAGCUUUUUGCACAGGGAAUAAUGUGUAUCUAACCAAGGAUGAUCUAGGAUAAGUAAUUCCUGUUUUGUAUUGGGUACUUUAGGGGGGUCUUUAAAAGACUUGUUUUAUAUCUAUAAAUUUAGGUUAUUACAAAUACAAGAUUUUUGUACCUUAAAUAAGCCUCAUUCCUAUUUCUUCUCCAUUAACAAUCCACUCAGAGUCUUGGGAAAGAAAAAAAAAGGAAAGGAAAAGAACCCUCAGAGACUGCCUUUGAGAAGAACUUGUGACAGAAUCAGUGUACCUUCCUUCCCGCAGUUGGGGACUUUGGUGCCUGUUCUGUCUCCUCUUCUCGUCCCUAACCAAAGGGUGGGCCAUUACCCUGCCCAACAUGACCCACACAAGAGGACAGAGUUGCCUCAGACCCCUACUCCAGCCCCACUAUCUCCUAAAGGGGGUGGAAGGAAAUUACACGGAGACUGAAAAAGAAGAGAGUUGGGGGCAAGGCAUAGCUUGGAAAGUUGGGGGGCAAUAAGGAAACCCAGAAGCGCAUCCUCCCAAAGCUGGACCAUCACCUGUGAUUGGACUGUCUCUGUCACACAGUAAGAAAUGUUUGUGCUCUGUGAGCUGGUCCCUUGAAAUAGGACUUGUGUUUUAUUUAUAUUUCGGUUGAAUUUCUCAAACACAUAGUUCACCAAGGACAGAUUUCUUAUCCAGAGAUAAGUAGAAUCUAACCGCAGACUCUUGGCAGGAUUUCCAAGCACUUAGGUCUGGGUUCUGUUCCUCCCUCACUCAAAUCCCCAAAGGUCUUGCUCACCAUUCACUGGGAGUAACAAGGAACUGUCCCCUCCCCCUUUACAGACUAACGUCCCAUAGAAAAGGCAGGCAUCGAAGCACCUUGUUGUGAUCCUCUUGGGGGAGAAGGAAAGGUUAUUUCCUGCAUUCUUGGUAGGAUUAUCAUAGCUUUUAAUGUACUGUUCCAGAAUUAUAUCCACAUUAGGUCAGAGUUCAGGUAAUUAGAUAUGAAUACCUACCCAUACGUGAAUACCUAACCUAGUAAAGUCCAUAGCCACCUCUGUCCUUUUCAGCAAUGUCUUCCAUAUUGGAUGAACAGGGAGAGAAACUGAGCAAAACAAGUCUGUUGGCCCUGGGAGGCUUGUCUAGGGCACCGAGUAAUGAAAUAGCCAGGUAGUGGACUGACCCUCCAUUAAAAAAAUACCUAGUUGAGUUUGCAAGUGAUAUUAUGUUACUUUCUAUUUUUCUCAUUAAUUUAUAACAAUUCAUUCUACACUUUACACAAAGUCAACUUAGAAAAUUAUCAUUAGCUCUUGGGAUGGGUAGUGAUAUUUUUGGAUCUCUGGAUUUUAUGUGUCAGUACAGGGAAUUUUUAUUAUUAUUUAAAAUAUUUAUUUAGAGGAGGCACAUUGUUGUUGAUGUCUGUGAUACUGCAGGUUUUUAAAAAUCUUCUUUGUAUGUUUAUCUAAGUUUAUUUUUGACUGAAUAUAAUAGACCCUACUGUAAUUUGUCAAAUACCACGGAUUAAUUACAUCAUUUGUGUGGGAUUAGCUGUAAAGUGUACUGCAAUAAUUCUUCUUGUUCAGAAUAGUGAACUGGUAGCCAAAAAUACAUGUAUCACAGAUGUUAGGUAGAAUUUAAACAGCAGUCAAGUGCUAUAGAAGUUUUUCUGCUAAAUUAGUAGACUAAAGAAUAUUAUACCUAAG